UACCCCCUUGGCCUCCACAGUCUACCCCCAACCCCGGGCCUCAGAGCUCGGGCGCCCUGGUAGCUCCCUCCGGCUCCAGCGUUCACAGGCCCUUCCUCAGCACCGCACCUGCCGCCCCCUCAGUCCGUCCUGCCUUAGUCCGGCAGGAACAACCACCCCACCCGGGGCUCCUUCCCGGAGGCCUUGUCUACCCCUGCGCCUAGCUGCCAGGCCCUCCUCUCUCCCUUCUCGGAUUGUUCCUGACAUUUGCCGGUGGCUGUUGCCUGGCAGGGCAACAGCUGGGGCGGGGUGUGUGCUGGAGGCCUGGUGCUGGCCUGGUUUGAGGAAGGUGAGGAGACCAUCACCGCCUUUGUGGAGCCCUUUGUCAUCCUCCUGAUCCUCAUCGCCAAUGCCAUCGUGGGGGUCUGGCAGGAGCGGAACGCAGAGAACGCCAUCGAGGCCUUGAAGGAGUAUGAGCCCGAGAUGGGCAAGGUCUACCGCGCUGACCGCAAGUCAGUGCAAAGGAUCAAGGCCCGGGACAUCGUCCCUGGGGACAUUGUGGAGGUGGCCGUGGGGGACAAAGUCCCUGCCGACAUCCGCAUCCUCUCCAUCAAAUCCACCACGCUCCGUGUGGACCAGUCCAUCCUGACAGGCGAGUCCGUGUCCGUCAUCAAGCACACAGAGCCAGUCCCUGAUCCCCGAGCUGUCAACCAGGACAAGAAGAACAUGCUUUUCUCGGGUACCAACAUUGCAGCCGGCAAGGCCCUGGGCAUAGUUGCCACCACCGGCGUGAGCACUGAGAUUGGGAAAAUCCGUGACCAAAUGGCUGCCACAGAACAGGACAAGACCCCCCUGCAGCAGAAGUUAGAUGAAUUUGGGGAGCAGCUGUCCAAGGUCAUCUCCCUCAUCUGUGUGGCCGUGUGGCUCAUCAACAUCGGCCACUUCAACGAUCCCGUCCAUGGGGGCUCCUGGAUUCGCGGUGCCAUCUACUACUUUAAGAUUGCCGUGGCCCUGGCUGUGGCCGCCAUCCCUGAAGGUCUCCCCGCCGUCAUCACCACCUGCCUGGCCCUGGGCACCCGGCGCAUGGCAAAGAAGAAUGCCAUUGUGAGGAGCUUGCCCUCUGUGGAGACCCUGGGCUGCACAUCUGUCAUCUGUUCUGACAAAACAGGCACCCUCACCACCAACCAGAUGUCCGUCUGCAAGAUGUUCAUCAUCGACAAGGUGGAUGGGGACUUCUGCACGCUGAAUGAAUUCUCCAUCACCGGCUCCACCUAUGCACCAGAGGGCGAGGUCUUGAAGAAUGACAGACCCAUCCGGGCGGGGCAGUUUGAUGGGCUGGUGGAGCUGGCCACCAUCUGUGCUCUCUGCAAUGACUCCUCCUUGGACUUCAAUGAGUCCAAAGGUGUCUAUGAGAAGGUGGGCGAGGCCACGGAGACGGCACUUACCACGCUGGUGGAGAAGAUGAACGUGUUCAACACGGACGUGAGGAGCCUCUCAAAGGUGGAGCGGGCCAAUGCCUGCAACUCGGUGAUCCGCCAGCUGAUGAAGAAGGAGUUCACCCUGGAAUUCUCCCGAGACAGAAAAUCCAUGUCCGUCUACUGUUCCCCAGCUAAGUCUUCCCGAGCUGCUGUGGGCAACAAGAUGUUUGUCAAGGGUGCCCCUGAAGGAGUCAUCGAUCGCUGCAACUACGUGAGAGUAGGCACCACCCGGGUGCCCAUGACUGGGCCGGUGAAAGAGAAGAUCAUGGCUGUGAUCAAGGAGUGGGGCACUGGCCGCGACACCCUGCGCUGCUUGGCCCUGGCCACCCGAGACACCCCACCCAAGCGAGAGGAGAUGGUGCUGGAUGACUCUGCCAAGUUCAUGGAGUACGAGACGGACCUGACGUUUGUGGGUGUCGUGGGCAUGCUGGACCCACCCCGCAAGGAGGUCAUGGGCUCCAUCCAGCUGUGUCGUGAUGCCGGAAUCCGUGUGAUCAUGAUCACUGGCGACAAUAAGGGCACGGCCAUCGCCAUCUGCCGGCGCAUUGGCAUCUUCGGGGAGAAUGAGGAGGUGACCGACCGUGCCUACACAGGCCGUGAAUUCGAUGACCUGCCCCUGGCCGAGCAGCGGGAAGCUUGCCGCCGUGCCUGCUGCUUCGCCCGUGUGGAGCCUGCCCACAAAUCCAAGAUUGUGGAAUACCUGCAGUCCUAUGAUGAGAUCACGGCCAUGACAGGAGAUGGGGUCAACGACGCCCCAGCCCUGAAGAAGGCUGAGAUUGGCAUAGCCAUGGGGUCUGGCACAGCUGUGGCCAAGACUGCCUCGGAGAUGGUGCUGGCUGAUGACAACUUCUCCACCAUCGUGGCCGCCGUGGAGGAGGGCCGUGCCAUCUACAACAACAUGAAGCAGUUCAUCCGCUAUCUCAUCUCCUCCAACGUGGGCGAGGUGGUCUGUAUCUUCCUGACGGCCGCCUUGGGGCUGCCUGAGGCCCUGAUCCCUGUGCAGCUGUUGUGGGUGAACCUGGUGACAGACGGGCUCCCAGCCACUGCCCUGGGCUUCAACCCACCGGACCUGGACAUCAUGGACCGGCCCCCCCGGAGUCCCAAGGAGCCCCUCAUCAGCGGCUGGCUCUUCUUCCGCUACAUGGCAAUCGGGGGCUAUGUGGGUGCAGCCACUGUGGGAGCAGCUGCCUGGUGGUUUCUGUAUGCCGAAGACGGGCCGCGGGUCACCUACCAACAGCUGACCCACUUCAUGCAGUGCACCGAGGACCACCCUCACUUUGAGGGUUUGGACUGUGAGAUCUUUGAGGCCCCGGAGCCCAUGACCAUGGCCCUGUCCGUGCUUGUGACCAUUGAGAUGUGCAAUGCUCUCAACAGCUUAUCAGAGAACCAGUCCUUGCUGCGGAUGCCGCCCUGGGUGAACAUCUGGCUGCUGGGCUCCAUCUGCCUGUCCAUGUCCCUCCACUUCCUCAUCCUCUAUGUCGACCCCCUGCCGAUGAUCUUCAAGCUCAAGGCCCUGGACCUCACCCAGUGGCUCAUGGUCCUCAAGAUCUCACUUCCGGUCAUUGGGCUGGACGAAAUCCUCAAGUUCAUUGCCCGGAACUACCUGGAGGGAUAAGCGUCCCCCUCCUCCAUGUCUUUGAACCCGUGUCACAGAUCCGGAAGAUGAAAGAAGGAAGUAACCAGUCCUCCGCCCCCUCCAGACCCCCAAUAGACGCAUCUUCAGCCAGAGCUGUGGCACACCCCACCCCUAUUCCUGUUUAUAAACUUGUUGAUGUUCCUCCCUCCUCCCCCACCUUGUAAAUCUCCCUCCCCCUCCCCCAUGGGGCUUGCAGGGACAAGGCGACCGACUGAGCUGAGCUGCUUAUUUAUUGACAAUAAAUGACCCAGAGUCUG